AUGCCGGUGGUAAAGGGAGGAGUGUGGACUAAUAUCGAGGAUGAAAUCCUCAAAGUUUCCGUUUCCAAAUAUGGUCUGAACCAAUGGGCGCGUGUCUCCUCGUUGUUACCGCGAAAGACACCCAAACAAUGCAAAGCUAGGUGGAACGAAUGGCUCGACCCCAGCAUCAAGAAGAUAGAAUGGAGCAAGGAGGAGGACGAAAGGCUACUUCACCUGGCCAAGUUGAUGCCAACCCAAUGGCGAACCAUCGCUCCUAUCGUCGGCCGCACCGCGAACCAGUGCUUAGAACGUUAUCAGAAGCUUCUCGAUGAAGCCGAGCAACGAGAAGCCUCCAGCCUUGGCCUAACGGGUCCUGAAGGCGGCGAGACUCAAGCUCCUACAGCCGACGACGUACGAAGACUGCGACCAGGCGAGGUUGACCCGGAUCCCGAAAGUAAACCUGCGAAACCCGACACUAUCGAUCUCGAUGAGGACGAGAAGGAGAUGCUGAGCGAGGCGCGUGCCCGCUUGGCGAAUACACAGGGAAAAAAGGCUAAGCGAAAAGCUCGAGAGCGCCAACAAGAGGAAUCGCGUCGACUUGCUGCUCUACAGAAGCGCCGAGAACUCAAGACUGCUGGUAUCAACAUCAAGGUCGUUACACGCAAGAAGGGCCAGAUGGAUUACAAUGCGGAUAUCCCAUUCGAGAAAGCACCCGCACAAGGUUUCUACGACACUGCGGAAGAGCAGAUUCGAAACGAGAAGCAGCGAGCUGCGUUCGACCCUCGGAAGCAGCAGCUUGCGAACAAGCGGAAAGGCGAACAGGAUGACGAGGCCGAGAGGAAGAGGCGGAAGAAUGAUAAAGACGCCCCCUCAGCUUCCAUGCAAGCUGCCCUGAAGGCCGGGCAGAUGCAGAGGAUCCGAGAGGCAGAGCAAAGUAGCAAGAGGCGGGCGCUUGUUCUUCCAUCUCCCCAAGUCAGCGAUGGCGAACUCGAGGAUAUAGUUAAGAUGGGCAUGAUGGGCGAGCGAGCGAACCUCCUGGCUCAGGCUAGCGAGAACGACGCGACUAGGGGAUUAGUGAACACAUACUCUACCCUGAACUCACAAACGCCGAUUCGAACGCCCAUGGCUCCGCCGCAGGAAGAUCGAGUUGCCAACGAGAUACGAAAUAUUCGAGCUCUUACAGAAAACCAGUCAGCAUUGCUAGGAGGCGAGAACAUCGACCUCCAAGAUGGAGCCGGUUCAACGGGCUUCGAAGGUGCUACCCCUCGAAAGCAAGUAAUAUCGACCCCUAACCCCUUAGCUACACCCCUACGUACUGGCAUGAACGAAGUCGGUGCUACACCUAGAAGGCCCGGUCAAACGCCACUACGUACUCCCAGAGACAGCUUCGCGCUCAACGCUGGUGAUGGGGACAUGGCUAUGGUAGGAGGAUCGACUAAUGACGUGCGACUCCGAGAGCUAGCGAUGAAGCACCAGCUUAAGCAGAGCCUUGCUUCCUUACCUAAGCCAAAAGAAACGGAAUGGGAGUUGGAGAUACCUGAGGAUCAACGAGAGGUUAUGGCAGUGGAAGAGACUGAGGAAGACGCUGCGGAGCGAGAUCGACGAGAGCGAGCUAUCCGAGAGGCUCAAGAACAACUAGAGAGGAAGAGGCGGACUCAAGUAAUGCAAAGGGAGUUGCCACGGCCGGAAUCUGUCAACUUUGAGGCUCUGAUCCAGCAAGCAUCCUCCAUCACCGACCCUAUUGAGGCUCAAAUCGCCAAGGAGGCCGCUUUGCUUAUCGCGAAUGACGCUGUGAAAUUCCCCGUCCGGGGCUCGAAAUCUAGCGCCGGUCCCACUCGAAUACAGCAGAUUGAUGACGCUUCGCUGGCCGAGGCGAGACUCAAGAUCCUUAUGGAGGUUAACACUAAGCCCAAGCCCGAGGAAAUCCAGGCAACCUGGGAGCAGGAGGGCAGCAAUGCGCUUCUCCUCGGGCUGGGCUGCUACGAAGAUGACGAUGACGAAGAGCAGGUGGCGGCUAUGAAAACCGCUUUUGAUGCGGUUCAAGACUCCACGAUGGAAAUCGUAGAGAAAUGCGCUAAGCUCGAGAAGAAACUAACCCUCCACUUGGGAGGUUAUCAGCAGCGGGCUAAGACUCUCCGCGCCAAGAUGGGCGAAGCGUACGACGCCUACGAGAAGGCCAACUUCGCCCUCAGCGCAUUCAAAACGCUAGCCGUGUCGGAGGAGAUCGCCGCUAGGAGUCGGCUGGAGGCUUUGAGAGAGCAGGUCGGCUUCGUCAGCCGCAGGGAGCGCGAAGCGCAGGAGGCGUAUCGCCAGACUAAGGAGGAGCUUGACGCUUUAAUGGACGGCGGCGGCGUCAACGGCUAUCAUUAA